UCCCGCUCUGACCUGAGGGGCGGGGCCACGGAGCUUUCCACUGGUUACAAGCAGCAGCAGAAGAAGAAGCCGACCGGAAACCACAUACAGCAGCGGAGGAACGCGCGGAUGUCUGUCUGAAAGUAAACAACAACAAACCUACGGCAGCAGCUGUUCUCUCCACAUGGACUCCACACCUGAAGUCUUCACCUGGUUGCCGUUGGUUACAGCAUGGACCGCUCUGAUUGGAUGGAUGCUUGGCUGACCUGUCUGUCUGCAGGAUGUCCAACCCAUCUGAGGGUGACCAGAGGGGGGUGGAGCCUCAGCCCGGUCCGUCCAGGUGUGCUCCCAGCAGACAGGGGUACUGUGGGUACUGUAGGGUACUCUACAGUAACCUUGACCAGCACCUGUCCAGCCUCAGACACCUGGACUCAGUACGCACCCUGUCCAGAGGCUCCACCUCCUCCACCGUCAGCAGCCAAUCCAGGCUGACGUUGUUGGAGCGCUUCCUGCAGGACGUCCUUCAGCACCACCCACACCGCUACAAUGACCCCAGACCAUCCCACGCUGACCUACCCUUAGUCUCCGCCCCUUUGUUACCGAAGGCGGAGCUUGCGGAGGUGCGCUUCUGCGGUGAUGACAGCAGGUCACAUGGGACUCGUGAGAACCUGCCCAGCUCAGGUGACUCCUCCCAUCCAACCGCCAAUCAGACGACAGGGGAGGGAACAUGUAUCCAAUCCCAGGAGGACGCCGCCAAGGAGGCGUGUCAGGCCAGACUGUCUGCUCCAAUCAGGGAGCAGCAGGAAGAAAGGACCGCACCCACAGGGCACACACAGGUGUCACACUCACAAACCCCGCCCCCAGCGCCUCAGACCACGCCCCCUGUUCAUAGGAAGGCCCACAGAAAGACCAACAGGAGGAAAACCAGCGAGUCCUCGUCUGCAGCGUCCCCCCCACUGUGGCACCACUGGAGGAAGGAGAGGAGGGGGGUCCACCGAGACCAGGUGUUCUCAGACCACAUGGACCCGCUGGACCGGACCAUCGAGGAGGUCAUCCAGACGUGUUGCCAUGGCGUCACAUCCACCUCCUGCCAGCAGGAGGAGACAGACAGCUUCCACUUCAGCCUGCCCGUCUCCAUGGAAACGCACAACGACGACUGGGACUCACCUGUGCAGGUGGUGUUGCAGCGCCGCUCCUCACCUGUCCAGGUGAUACAGCAGGACGUGGGCCGGCUCAUGGACAUCCAGGUGGACAUGGACGACCACGGGUACGCCUUCCAGCUGGACUCCGCCCUCCACGGCCAGCACAAGGCCGGAGGCGGGGCCAAGCAGGAGGAGGAGGGCUUCCUGGCCCUGCCCAUCCAGGAAAUCAUGCCCACGCCCGCACACAUCCCAGCAUCCUUCUGGGGCAAGACCUGGGCUCAGAUCGAACAGGAAGACGAGGAGAAGGUGGGCAAGCUGAUCCGGCAGUUCAGACAAGGACCGCUGCUCUGCUACUUCGACAGCGAAUCACUGGCCAGGUAUGGUAGGCGGAGCCACAAGAAGGGGCGUGGUGGGAUGGAGAAGGCGGAGCCAGCAGCUGGUGUCAUGCCCUUAUUGGACCAAGAUGAAGACGACUCUGCACAUGUCAGGAGGAGGAGGCGGGGCUUCAGGGUGGCAUCCAGGUGUCAGGUGGUUAAAGUCAGCCACAGCACUCAGACCAUCCAGCUGGUCACCCCAGCUGUCCGUCAGCCUGAGGCCCUGCCCCCAGUCCCUCCGGCCAAUCUGCUGUCAGCUGAGCGGACACCUGAAGUGUCGUGGCGCCGCCUCCCAUCGUCGUACUCCAGCAUCAUGACGCCGUUACAGCCGCACACUUCUCUGGUCUACCUGCUGUGCACAGGAAGCCCCGCCCAUCCGUACACCUGCAGCCCACUCUCCGCCCCUAAACGAUGCAGGAAGAAGCGGCGGCCCCUGGACGUGCAGGAGGGGUUAAAGGUCAAAUACAAACGUCUACCUGUCAGGUUCUACGACCCCAGCACCAAUCGGAUCCUCAGGAAUGCCCCCAGGGGCUCCGCCCCCUCAGUCUCUGCCCCUCCGUCCUGCGUCCGUCAGCUGUUCAGGAGCCUGAGUCCUGACCUGAACACAUCUGGGGUCAGGGGGCGUGGCCGGACAAGACGGAGGGGUGGGAGAUGUGAAAGGACACGCCCACACGCUCCGCUUUCAAAGAAGAAAACCAAAGCCCCACCCCUUCCUAGGAGGGAGGGGCUGAGGAGCAGGAGGGGGAGGGGCUCCGACAAAAGUCGCAGAUAGUGUAUUUGGAGAGGGGGCGGGGCUAUGAGUCACAGGUAGCACACCUGUUCUGCAGUGUCAUUCAGAAACAUUUGAGUCAAAGGAUUUAGUUGAAUGAGUUUAUUAAACAGUGGUUCAGUAGGAGCAGCCCCCCCCCCAGUGGAACACACACACACACACACACACACACACACACACACACACACACACACUGGACUCUUCAGUUGUUUUUUAAUCUUUUCAUAAACACAUGCUGUUUGUUUAUUGGUCAAUAAUCAAUAAAGGCCUUUUGUAAUUGGA